UGACCUCUACUCCUACUUCCUGAAGAUAAAACAGCUUCUGCUGAACCAAGUCUGCAUUCCUAUCUUGAGAUCAUCCAUGAUGAGCGGCCAUCUAACCCAUCGCUGGAGCAGAAGAAAGGUUGACCUCUGGCUGGUGGUCUUUUAGUACCAGCUCACUGGGAUCUCUGGUCUGCUCAUCUUCUUCCCAAGUGGAAUGAAUGGUUCCAUGGUUCUAUUUCUAAGCAGAUUUUCAGUAUACUGUUCCUUCUGAGUCUGGGCUUGUCUUUCUUCUGGGGCCCAUGCAUGAGAUGUCCUGAACAUUCUGAAAUUGGAUUUUCCUGUGUGAGCUCACUUUCUGUUUAUGAUCCAGCAGGUUUUGACUCCCUCAAGACUGGGAAGGUGAAUUCUCAGCUUCCAAUGGCAUAACCUAUCUUUCCUCACAUGCAGCCUGUGGAUCCUAAACUGGGGGUGGGAAUUCUGGUACAGAAAUGUGAAAAAGAAAGGUAAAAGAAAAUUUAAAAUUCACAUAGAAGGAAACAUUUUAAAGUCUCCAAAUUCGAAAACCUGUGAAUCCCUAAGGGAUUAUUCCCACUUGUUAAACCUCACUGGGCUUUCCAGGCAGGGCAGUGUUGGAAGCACUUUUAGCACUGGCAGGUAUGGCUGUUUCAAAGUGCUAUCACAGAGCAGCGUGGGGGCAGCCGAGUGGCAGUGGAUAGAGCACUGGGUCAGGAAUCCGAGUUCAAAUCCGACCUCAGACACUCCCUAGUUAUGUGACCCCCUUUGCCUCAGUUUCUUCGUCCGGAUGACCAACCAGUCCAGCAUCUCUCCAAGAAAACCCCAAACAGGGUGAGGGAGAGUCGCACGGGGCUGAAACUAGUCAACAACAAGAAAUCAUAGAGCACCGAGGAAGUCUAGGUGCCCCCCCCGUCACAGGACAUUUUUGACCACCAGGGGGCAGCCGAAGCUCAGCCGGCCAGGCCCGCAUUACCCACGUUCUACCCGCGGGUACAACAAACAUCGUUCGUAAUUCUUGGCUGAUUUUGGCUCUGUGCCCCUAGAUCCUGAUCCCUCGCUUCCUUGUCCAUUGAGGACCCCUCAGUUACUCCCAUUUAGAGUAGUAACCCGAGCUUCCAAAGGGAGGGAGGGCCUGGCGCACCUCGGCAAAGGAGCGUUGUGGAUUCAGGGGCUGGAGGAAUGAGAGGGAGGAAGAGGGAGUGGCCCCCAUACGCUUCCAAGACAAUCUCUGUUCAAGGCAGAUGGACGAGGGGGGUGCAAAGAAAACGAAUCCCUCCCUCUUCUGUACGAGCCCUGGUGCAGAAGCGGUGCAUUUGGAGCUGAUCCAACACUGGACGAGGGAAGGGGCUUGGCAUGAGCCUGGGCUCUGGGGGGGCCGGGGGGGGCGUUUCCUUCUCGGCGCCGCGUCCGAGGAGCUCUCCACGUGGAAUUAGAAGGAAAGAAAGAAAGGCCGCUUCCUCCAAGAAGCUGGCCAGGAUCGUCCGUGAGGAAGGGCGACCGACCGUCCUCUCUCAGGGACGUAGACAACGGAAAGCUACACGGUCGGCUUUAGACCGUGGCCCGGCCCCCCACGCACGUGCGCUUCGCCCAGGACCAGCACGAGAAGAGGCGGGCGGUGGCCGGGACGGUAGCGAAUGGGGAUGGGGGAGAGGUAACAGAACAAGUGAAACGAAUUUGGCGAUCGCAGUGGAUACGGUGGCCGGGAAGGGACCGCGCACAGUUUGCAGGGCUCAUCGGACGGGGGCGUGGCCAAAGGUGAGAUUCGACGGUGGCCGCGAAGGGACUAAACGUCUGGGGUAUGGGAGAGGAAUCGCGACGAGGGAAAAUGGUCGUGACCAACGGCGGGGGCGUAGCUCAGGACGAGUUGGACGGUGGCUGAGGAGGGACCUGGCCAUCGGGAGGGUGGGCCGCGGUUCUCGCAGGAAGGGAGCGGGGGUGCGGCAGAUGGGCAGGAGGGGAAGCGGGAAGCCCCAAGGACCUGCCCUAUGGGCAAAGGUGACCAGCAAUGGCAGUGUUGGAGGAGACACACCCACAGAGACCCAGCAACAGAACCGAGCCCCGCAGGCCGCUCCGAAUGCCUGGCAGGUCAUCAAAGGCGUGCUGUUCAGGAUCUUCAUCAUCUGGGCCAUCAGCUGUUGGUUUCGUCGUGGGCCGGCACCGCAGGACCCAGCCAGCCCUGGGGGAGCCCCCCGGGUGCCCAGCCGAAACCUCUUCCCAAAAGACACUUUAAUGAACCUGCACGUUUACAUCUCCGAGCAUGAGCACUUUACAGACUUCAAUACAACCUCAGCGCUGUUCUGGGAGCAGCAAGACCUCGUCUACGGGGACUGGACCAGCGGUGAGAACGCGGACGGCUGCUACGAGCAUUAUGCCGAGCUGGACAUCCCGCCGAGUGUGCAGCAGAACGGCUCCAUGUACAUCCAUGUGUACUUCACCAAGAGUGGCUUCCACCCAGACCCCAAACAGAAGGCUUUGUACAGGCGGCUGGCCACUGUGCAUACGUCACGAAUGAUCAACAAGUAUAAACGGAGACGAUUUCAGAAGACGAAGAACCUGCUGACGGGCGAGACGGAAGCUGACCCUGAGAUGAUCAAGCGAGCAGAAGACUUUGGCCCAGUGGAGGUCAUCUCCCAUUGGCACCCCAACCUCACCAUCAACAUUGUGGAUGACCACACGCCCUGGGUGAAGGGCAGCGUGCCUCCACCACUGGACCAGUAUGUGCAGUUUGACGCAGUGAGUGGGGAUUACUACCCCAUCAUCUACUUCAACGACUACUGGAACCUGCAGAGGGACUAUUACCCCAUUAACGAGACGCUGGCCAGCCUGCCCCUGCGCCUCUCCUUCUGCCCCCUGUCCCUGUGGCGCUGGCAGCUCUAUGCGGCCCAGAGCACCCGCUCGCCCUGGAACUUCCUGGGAGAGGACCUGUACGAGCAGUCGGAUGAGGAGCAGGACUCGGUCAAGGUGGCCCUGCUGGAGACCAACCCCUACCUGCUGGCCCUCACCAUCAUUGUCUCCAUCGUACAUAGCGUCUUCGAGUUCCUGGCCUUCAAGAAUGACAUCCAGUUUUGGAACAGCCGGCAGUCCCUGGAGGGCCUCUCGGUCCGUUCGGUCUUCUUUGGUGUGUUCCAGUCUCUCGUGGUACUUCUCUAUAUCCUUGACAAUGAGACCAACUUUGUGGUCCAGGUCAGCGUCUUCAUCGGCGUCCUGAUUGACCUGUGGAAGAUAACCAAGGUCAUGGAUGUCCGGCUGGACCGAGAGCACAAGGUGGCUGGUGUAUUCCCCCGCCUGACCUUUAAGGAUAAAUCUACAUAUAUAGAGUCCUCCACCAAAAUUUAUGAUGAUAUGGCGUUCAGGUACCUGUCCUGGAUCCUGUUUCCCCUCCUGGGCUGCUAUGCUGUGUACAGCCUCCUGUACAUGGAGCACAAGGGCUGGUACUCCUGGGUGCUCAGCAUGCUCUACGGCUUCUUGCUAACCUUUGGCUUCAUCACGAUGACUCCCCAGCUCUUUAUCAAUUAUAAGCUGAAGUCGGUGGCCCACCUGCCCUGGCGCAUGCUGACUUACAAAGCCCUCAACACUUUCAUUGAUGACUUGUUUGCCUUUGUCAUCAAGAUGCCCGUGAUGUACCGGAUUGGCUGUCUUCGGGAUGACGUGGUUUUCUUCAUCUACCUUUAUCAGCGAUGGAUAUAUCGGGUGGAUCCCACACGGGUGAACGAGUUUGGCAUGAGUGGGGAGGCGCAGACAGCUGUGGCAGCCCUGACGCCGCCAGCAGCCCCCAGUGGCGAUGGCCCCCUCUCUGGACGGGACCAGGGGCCCGCCCCCAAACCGGCAGAGGACAAGAAGAAGGAUUAGUCUCUUUCCCCUGGUUUCCCUGGCCACCAACAUUCUUCCUGUUCCCCCCCCCCCAGCUCACUGUGACCCCCAUCUCCCCUGCCCUGGACAGACGGGGAGGGAGGGAGCUGGCAGGGGGCGGGGGAACGCUCCCCUGUUGUGAUAUGGGGGGAGAAGGCAGAGGAGGGUUGGGAAGGCCAAUGUUGGGGGCGUGGGAAGCAGGGCGCUCCCUGCCUGUCUGUCCCUAUGUGGGUUCCAGCGCCAUCUGUAAUCAUUGUAAGCCAUCGCAUCAUGGCGGGGAGGUGGGGUGGGAGGGGGCUGAGGCCCCAGAGCUCUCCCUCUCAACCCCUAGAUCCAUCUCUCAUCCCUUCCCACGUCCCUCCUCCCCCAACACAGACUCUGGAUUUAAUAAAUUCAUAUGGGUGUUUAACUUA